AGGAAUUCUGGGAACUACAAGAUGGCGGGAUCUUCAAAAGCUCUGCAGAGAAACCGAAAUGAGAUCAAAAUAAAGAGAAAAUAACAAAGUUCAGCUCCGCGUUAACCGUUGGAACCGUUAACGGGCCGCCGCCGGUAACCAUGCACCGAGUCCCCCGGAGGUUCGACCCUCCGCCCGGCCCGACCGCCGCCUGCAGACACAACCGACUGAGCAGAAGUUUCCGGCAGACUCAGCAGACAGCGGCGGAGGUCAGCUCUCCACAGAGCCAACAACCGGAGUUUAAGACCCCGACCAGAGUCCCGAGAUCCAGAGCGGGUCCUGGUUUCAGCGCCGAGUCUCCGCACAACGACUCCGACUUUCAGCAGGACAUCAUCUGGGACGCCACCUCUCCUUCGCCCAACAGACUCGGUAAAAGAGGCAAGAAGCAGCGGGCUGGAGUUGUGGACAUCUCAGAGAUCGUUAACAGGAUCGCUCCAAAGCACGGCCGGCCGAAGGUUGCAGAGCCGACUUUGCAGCAGUGGAUCGGAGACAGCGCCGCCAUCCCCUGCACGCCGGAUGUUCAGGUUCCCAAACCCAAGAAGAAAUCCCCGAGGCCCAACGGAGUGGAUGACCUGCUGAAACUCGCCAAACAGUUUGACUUCAACAUGUUUCACCAGGAUGAAGAAGAGGUGGAGGACGUGCACCAGCAGAGUCUGGAGCUCCUGUCAGACGACAUCUUGGAUUCGGACUUUUCACCUUCGCUUCCUGGAAACCGCCAACCAGCGGUGAACACCGCGGCCGACACAGACCCGGAUCAGCAUAUGGAGGACGAUCUGGAGUUUCUGUUUGACGGGCCGACCCAACACGUGAGCGGGGAUCUGAGUCAGGUGUCGUCGGCUCAACCGUCUCCCAGAGAGGCUUCUGGGAAACCUUCCUCACGCGGCUCCACCUCUGGUGUUUCUACGACAAACACUAAAGGCGCCGCGGCGAACGACGAGUUUGAGGACGAUUGGGAAAACGACGACUUGCUAAAUGACUCUCUGGUGUUGGAGAUGACCCAGAAUCCACAGAACUUCACGGCUCCGAGUCACUGCUCGACCCAGAAACCUGCCGGCGAAACAAAACAUCAAAGGGAAAGUCCAGCAGAUGUUCCUGUUAGUGGAGGUGUCGGCCAAUCAGCUGCUUCCAAGGUGGAGAAGGACAAUGUGAGACAAAGAACGAGUUUCAAACUGGAGUCUAAUUCUGAUUUCUCCGCCAAAAAAAUCCAGACAGACACACGGACAAACCUGAAGGUGGAUUACAGCUCGGAAACAGCACUUAAAGACACUCAUCAGAGCAGGUUUUCAUCCGGUACCGGUGCUUCGGUCAGUGCCGGGUCUCAGCGUACCUGGCAGACGUCACACACAGCGGCGCCGGGCUCACAGAAACCGUUUCAUCAAAAGACUUCAGCUGGAAGCUCCAACCCGUCAAACACAGCAGCUACCAAACCCCUUCAGAGCUUUCCACAGAGACCUGCGGUACUUCUGACCCACUGUCAGCCGCCCGCUGUCUCCGACCUCCUGGACGAGGACCUGGACUCUUUCUUCUCGUCCGACCCGGUCUGGGACGACCCGGCUGACGACGACCUGCUGUGUGAGCUGUGUGAGGACUUGGAGAACCAGAUCCAGAGCGCGGAGAACGUUAAAACCACUAAUCAGACUCUUCCUGUGGGUCAGAACCAGAGAGCGGCUCUGCAACCGGCCAGCAGAACCUGGGACAACAGGAACCAAUCAGCCAAUCAGCAACCGGUUCCUCAAAAACAGACGCCAACCGCGCUCCCCUGUGCUCCGGCUGCUGGUUUCACCUCUAACAGCAGGAACACAGUGACGGGUUCUUUCAGGUUCACUCAGGCAAGAAACGCUUCAGAACCCAUGAUCAGUUCAGCAUGGGUCCAGGGGAGCGGCCGGGUCCAGGGGAGCGGCCCGGGGAGCGGCCCGGUCCAGGGAAACACCCGCAAAGACCAGUUCACCUUCAAGAAGCCAAACAACCCGGUUUCUACAGCGGCCAGUAAAGGUAAGAACUCCUUCACACAGAGAACCAACACAGCUGCCUUCACGUAUUCAAACUGA